AUGGCAUCUUGUCCAAUUUAUGUCGCUGAUUCGACAAACGAAAAUAUCAUCCAAUCUGACUUAGUAUACUGCAUCAAACUGUCUGACCGUAGUUCUCUAUUCUCUGCGUUUAACAUUCAAUACAACCAUCUCCCGAUGACAUGGUCUGGAACAAAUUUUGACAUAAGAUGCUUGAAAUGUGAGAACAAAACAAAGAAGAGGAUAACACUCAUUACUUUAACCUCAGCAGGUGAGAGCGAGACAACCUUUGUUCGUGUCCUCAAUUUCAUUUUUAUUAUAAAGCUGAAAUUUUUAAGGAUAUUGAAUGUUAAAUUUGCAGGUGUAAUAAUUGGUUCAACUUUGCUAGUGCUUGUGCUCGGUGCUAUUGUUCAAGUCCAUCAUCAUUUCAAGAUGAAAGGCGAAGAUCAUAAAAGAAUCGAAAACUUUUUGAAGGAUUACAAGGCUUUAAAGCCAACCAGAUUCUCCUAUGCUGACAUAAAGAGAAUCACAAAUAAAUUUAAGGAUAAGUUAGGCGAAGGAGCUCAUGGAGCUGUUUACAAAGGUAAAUUAUCAAGCCAAAUUCUAGUUGGUGUUAAGAUGCUAAAUAACACAGAGGGAGAUGGGAAGGAGUUCAUAAAUGAAGUGGGAACUAUGGGCAAAAUCCACCAUCUAAAUGUUGUCCGUUUGCUUGGCUUUUGCGCCGAUGGAUUUCAUCGUGCUCUAGUCUAUGAUUUUUUCCCAAAUGGUUCUUUGCAGAAAUUCAUUUCAAUGACAGAAGAGGGAGACAAAGAUAGUUUCCUUAGAUGGGACAAGUUGCAACAAAUUGCUCUAGGAAUAGCCAAUGGAAUUGAGUAUCUGCACCAAGGUUGUGAUCAAAGAAUUCUUCACUUUGACAUUAAUCCUCAUAACGUCUUACUAGAUGACAAUUUCACCCCAAAAAUUACAGACUUCGGUUUGGCUAAGUUGUGCUCAAAAAAUCAAAGUACUAUAUCAAUGACUGCAGCCAGAGGAACAUUAGGAUACAUGGCACCCGAAGUUUUUUCUAGAAAUUUUGGGAAUGUCUCUUAUAAGUCUGAUAUAUAUAGCUAUGGUAUGUUGCUAUUGGAAAUUGUUGGAGGAAGAAAGAAUACAAACACAACCACAAAUGAAGAAAAUUUUCAAGUUCUGUAUCCAGAUUGGAUCCACAGUUUGCUUGAAGGAGGAGAAAUACAAAUCCCAAUAGAUGAUGAGGGAGAUUUUAGAAUUGCGAAAAAAUUGGCAAUCGUGGGACUUUGGUGCAUCCAAUGGCAACCUAUGCAUCGUCCGUCUAUGAAAACUGUGAUGCAAAUGCUGCAAGGAGAUGGAGACAAGUUACAAGUUCCUUCAAACCCUUAUGGACCUACAACUUCAUCUAAUACAACUACUAAUAUUGUUGCACCACCACCUAUGAAUUUGCAUCUUGAAGUGAUUCAGGAAAUAGAUUAAAUAGUUUGAUUGUAUAAAUAAAUUUUUAUUGUCA